AUGUCACCAAGAUCGAAGUCUCGAUCUCCUUUGCCUACGAUCGCUGCGACAACCACAACGACCAAUGCUCUGAGCGAUGCUAUCAAGUCAUUUCAAGAUUGUCUGGGCCCCGAGGAGAAAGCGGAAUUAGAGGCCAUCAAAGCUGUACCUGAUGUUCAUGCAGUCGCAAUGUUCACUCAUCAGCUCGACGAGGCGAACGCGAAAAGGAGAAGCCGCUGUAUAGCAGCUCGAAUCUCACCUUUACUGGAAUCGGUUCAGCAAUUUUCUGGCGUUGUUGAGACCUUUGUUUCUUCGAGUCCACACAUCGCUGCCCUUGUCUGGGGCAGUGUCAAACUCGUGUUGCAGGAAACGUAUCGCACCUUCUGCCCUUCGAAUAUUGCGUCGAACUUCACGACUUAUCUAGACAACUUGUCAGCUCUGCUCAUGACUAUUGGGAAGCGCUGUCCAAGGUUUCAAGAAUAUCAAAAGCUCUAUAGAGAUUCUACUGAGCUGCAGAAGGUGCUUUGUGAUUUCUAUUCCGUGAUUGUCCGCUGCUGUGAGCAGGCAGUCACAGUACUUCGCCGGACUGCAUACAUACAGCUGCUCAGAGCUGUGACCAGUUCAUUCAACUCUGAAUUUGACCCCAUAAUGGCGCAGGUCGACCAUUUGAGUAAAGAGGUUAAGGAGACGAUUCGCUUGGCUGAAGCGAAGCUGAGUACAGUCGAAAGGCAAGAUCAGCGUACAGAGCGAGUGGCGGCGGAGAAAUAUAGAAUCAGCUCAAUGAUGUACCGCAAAGAACGAGAGAAGACCGAAGUCGACCGGCUAGCGCAAACGCAACUCGAAAGACAAAAAAUUCGGCAGGCAUCCAAGCUUGAGCAGUUCUGUGACUACAACCACAAGAUUGCUUACUGGAAAGCUCGUACACAACGACACGGCUCCACAGGUCAAUGGCUUACCCGCACUGACGAGUUCAAAAGAUGGAUCGCUGGAAGCGACCCCAACGUGUUCUGGUUUACUGGAAUUUUAGGAUCUGGGAAGACUGUUAUGACUGCCUUCGUUGUCGAACAGCUAUCUGCGAAGCCCACUCAGAAUUUCGAGAAGCUUGUCUAUUUCUUCUGCCAGUAUGACAACGAAACUUCUUUGAAGGCUACGACUGUCCUGCGAUCAAUCAUCAGACAGUUGCUAGACCAGGAGGACCGCAUCUUUACCGAGCACGAAUCCAAGAUAGAUGCUUUGCUGGACAAUCUGUAUGACUUGAGUCUACUGGAGUCCUUGUUUACCAAUAUCAUAAACUGCUUGAAGAGUAUCACUGUGAUUAUCGAUGGCAUCGACGAAUGUUCGAACUCAGAAAUGAAGUUGCUUAUCAAGACCCUUCGCAGUCUUAUGCUUCGAGAACCAUCUGGUCUAAAGCUUUGCCUCUCAGGAGACGAUCGCAUCACUGAUAUCAUAACGUCUUCCCUAACACCAAGCUUCGUAGUCAACACUCAUAAGCCAGAAGCAGACACGGAUUUGCAAGAGCUUAUCCAACAAUUAGUGACUGUGAAGAGGGAGGAUGAGGAUCUUGUGGCAACAGAUCCUAGCUUGUACCAAGAAAUUGUUGACAUCUUAUGUACGGCGUCCCAGGGCAUGGUUCUCUGGGUCAAAUUCCAACUCGAAGAGAUCUGCUGCCAGAAAACAGAUGAAAGCAUACGAAAAGCUCUCAAUCACCUUCCCAAAGACCUUUCCGAGACAUACGAUCGAUUGUUAUCUAGGAUCGUUGAAGAAGGCAGCGACGAGGUUUGUAACAAAAUCUUUCGUUUUAUGGCUGCGGCAAAGAGACCUCUUUCGCCAGAAGAGCUUGGUGAGGCUAUCUCAGUGCAGCCUUGCCAGCCUUAUUUCAUGCCGGAGCGCUUGCUCAACGAUAUUAAUGGCAUCGUCCGGUGGUGUCAUGGGCUCAUUACGUUCGAUGACUUGGAUGAAACAUUACAAUUUGCACAUUCAAGCGUGAAGAGCUUCCUCUGCAGUCCUGACACAGAAAGAAUCGCACAUUCGGAUUUUCACUUCCAGGAGCAUGAAGCUGAUCGACAAUUUGGCGAGAUUUGCGUUACAUACCUGAGUUUCAACGACUUCAAAACACAAGCCGUCAAAUACUCCAGAUCUGGAACUGCCUUGAAUCCAAUGGCUAUGGCUAGUCAUGCCUUGAGAACAGAACCUUCGAGCAUCGUUUUGAACCAGGCCCAAAACAUGAUAAGCAGAAGAGCAAAGUCAGCUUCUGCAAGCUCAAGACUAUUCUUUCCACAAACCAAGGGUUCCAAGAGUCAGAUGAUCGCGAAAGAUUAUCAAUUAUUUCAAUACGCCUCUGAGUCCUGGCUCUUGCACACAACAGAGUUCUCACCUGAACAAGGUCAUCUAUGGAGUCUGUUCCAGACGCUAGCUCGGGAUCGCUAUGGUAUCCCCUCGAACUUCGAUGCCUCGAAUCCGCUGAGGAACUCAGCGCCUGGAGUAAAACGCCUGAGUGAUGACAUGUUUAUUCACAGACAUCAUGCACUUUUUCGUUUUUGCUGCAAGGAUGAAAAAGGUCUUCGAUGGACCUUGUCAGAGAUACUCAGAAGGAAGAGUUUCUCUUUUUUAAGACUUCUUCUGCCACUGGCUAAUCAGCCCGGGGACCUGUGGCUAGAAGCUGUGAUGUCGGUCGAAGAUUCCGACCUGAGCGUUUUCCGACGUGACACGGGCAUCGAAUGGAUCCAAAAAUUGACAUUGAAGCAGCGCUCGAGUAUGUUGAGGAAUGUCAUUGAAAUGGGCCCCAAUGGCUUGCUGGGUGUGAGCGCGGCGUUGGUCAAUUUCGGAAUCGACCCUUGGUACAAGUCUGGUUCUCAGACGACACUCCUCGAAAAGUUGAUCUACGCUCCAAACGAUGAACUCUUGAAGACGGUAUGUGAAGCGAUGGUCGAUUCGCAUGCAGACUUCGAGCGUGACAUCGCAUCCAACGGUAGAACUGCACUGCAUGUUGCAGCCGUUGCACGGCGACACAUAGCGGUAAAAAUUCUCCUGGAUCAUGGUGCUGAUGUUGAUACGGUUGAUUGUGACGGUCGUACGGCACUGCAUCUUGCCAUAAAAGGAGAAGCUUUGGCAAUGGAAAUUGUUGUCCUGAACACCGUAUCACAACUGCUCAGCGCAGGAGUUUCUCUGCAUGUGAGAGAUUGCCACGGAAAGGUCGCACUUGACUACGCGUCGCCCGACUUGGAGCAAACUCUGCAUGAAAGGUUUGCAAAGCACAAGAAAUUCUUUGCACAACCUCCUCUUUCUCCCACAUACCUCGAGUGCUCUGACGCUAUUCACGGCUCCUGA